AUGCUUUUAUCGAUUAUUUUCUAUGUCCUGCUUGCUCUUAUUGCUUUGUAUUGUACAUGGCGCACGAAUCUUAAGGCAAACUCCCAAAUUCCUCCAGCGCCUGUAAAAUCACAAACUAUUCCUGCUUCGCACCAGGAAAAUAAGAUCCAGCCUCCAUCUCAGCCAAUAAAAGUAGAGCGAAAAGCCAUUCAGCCUUUGCAAAUACAAAAUCCAACCAAAAAAGCACAAUCUAUUCCACCUUCGGAAAAUAAAGAAAAUAUCAACAACUCUGUUUGCUUACCGAUAAAUGAAGCAAAGUACAAUAUUGUUUUGAAAUCUCAACCGAUUUCAAAGCCAGAAGAAAAAAGAAGAGAUUUGGAAUUUACUUCUUUUAUUCUGAAAGAAACAGAAAAGUCAAUCGAAGAACUGAUAAGCAAGCCUCGAAAACCUUUGGGAAGUAUAAGCGAAGGUGCAAUGAGAAGAUCACUGUAUGAUCCAAAUGUGCCAGAAUUCCAUCCAAAACUCAGGCUGAAUCCUGACGCUCAAGACUUCUGCCCUAUAAAAUAA